CUGGGCAGUGGCACCCACCUCUCAGACACCUCUCAGAAGCUCCCUGCACCCAUGGGGCCUUCUCAGCUGGCACGGGCCCCCAGGCCCCGGGGCCUGAGUUUCCCUUACCGCAGGCCAGGCAUGGGCUGGCCCCGGCCCCGGUUUCCCAGGAUGUUCAAGUGUAGCCGGAGAAGGUACCGACAGAAAUUUCAAAGCUCGGCUGCCACCGGUCUCAACCCUGUGUCCACAAAUGUCAGCACCACACACACUGCCACCACCAGCGUGUGGAUCCUCCCACCACAAGUUCUCAGGUACUUCUGUCAACCGGGGGGCUUUCUGAUCCUCUAGAAAUGCCCAGAAGCUGACCCAGAAGUUUGGCUUUCUCUGGACCUGUCUUCGAGGGGCUGUGAGGGUGGUGAACCCCAAAUACAAUCAUUCUGCUCA